AUGGCUGAUAGCGGCAAACUCAUCGAGGCUCCCGUCCAUGCGCGGGUGGCCCCUGUGGCAAAGCAUGCGCCGUCGACAUCAAAGGUGCACUAUCCGUUUUGGUUUGGAGGCUCGGCCUCCUGCUUUGCGGCCGGCGUGACGCAUCCGUUAGACUUGGUCAAGGUCCGGUUACAAACACGCGCUCCCGAUGCCCCCAAGACCAUGAUGGGCACAUUUGGACAUAUUGUCAGAAACAAUGGGUUUUUCGGCCUUUACAAUGGUCUCUCUGCCGCCCUCCUGCGACAAAUGACCUACUCUACCACACGAUUCGGCAUUUACGAAGAAUUAAAAUCCCGCGUCGCCACAUCCUCCUCCAAUUCCUCGCCGAGCGUCCUCACCCUUCUCGCACGAUGCUUCUCUCCCCCGGCUCAGCGCCGAAACUACCGCCAUGCCUUCCACGGCUUGAUCGAGAUGACUCGGACUGAAGGAUUCGGCUCGCUGUUCCGUGGCGUGUGGCCGAACUCGACACGCGCGGUCCUCAUGACUGCAUCGCAAUUGGCCUCGUACGACACCUUCAAGAAAAUGUGCAUGGAGCAGGUUGGCAUGGGUGAUCACCUGGGUACUCACUUCACGGCCUCGUUCAUGGCAGGUUUCGUCGCAACCACCGUCUGCAGUCCCGUCGACGUGAUCAAGACUCGUGUGAUGACCGCCUCUCACGCCGAUGGUCGUGGUCAGAGCAUUGUUAGCCUGCUGCGCGAUAUCUGUCGCAAGGAGGGUCUGGCUUGGACUUUCCGCGGCUGGGUUCCCAGCUUCAUUCGUCUGGGUCCGCACACCAUUGCCACAUUCCUAUUUCUUGAGGAGCACAAGAAGCUUUACCGCAAGUUGAAGGGCAUUUAA